AUGGUCAACUUCGAUACCAAGUAUGACAUACCUCGCGACCUUGAGGGCUUUGGCGAGGACCCGAUAGAUCCCCAGUGGCCGAACGGGACACGCAUCGCAGUGUCGUUCGUGCUCAACUAUGAAGAGGGAGCGGAGCGUACCUAUCACAAUGGUGAUGGCCAUUCAGAGCCAUACUUGUGGGAGAAAGGUGCGUCUGGCGGUCACAAGGAAGGCGCACCCUACGUCAACCAGGAAUCGGAGUAUGAGUACGGAAGCCGCGUUGGCGGGUGGCGACUUCUUCGUCUCUUCAAGGAAUUUGGAUGGCAGUGGACCACCUACGCUGUGGCCCAAGCGAUGCAAGUGAAUCCCAAAUUUGCGAAGGCGUGCGUGAGAGACGGCCAUGAAAUUGCAACCCAUGGUCUGCGAUGGCUCGACAUCUGGGACUAUGAUCUCCAGCAGGAGAAGGACUACAUCAUCCAGUCUCUGAAAGUUCUGAAGGAUGUGACGGGCGAGUGGCCAGUCGGAGCAUACUAUGGCCGAGGCACACCUAACACAAAAGCCCUCUUUCCAGAAGCCUUUAAAGAAGCCGGGACAGAAAUGCUGUGGAACAGUGAAGCAUACAAUGACGACGUACCUUACUGGGUGGACUUGCCAGCCGAGAAAGACUUGCCUGAUGAUCAGAAGAAGGGAAUGCUAAUUGUGCCCUAUAACUACGAUUGCAACGACGGGAAAUUUCACAUGAGUCCUGGAAAUGGCGGAACUGCAGCGUGGGAGGCGUAUCUGAAGUCAACGUUCGAUAUGCUCUAUCGAGAAGGUGGUAGAAUGAUGAAUAUUCCGCUACACAGUCGGAUUGCUGGUAAGCCAGGCCGUUCUGAAGCCCUUCGAAAUUUCAUGAAAUAUAUUCAGCAGCACGAAGGCGUGUGGGUGGCCACUAGACGAGAUAUUGCGAAGCAUUUCAAGGAGAAAUAUCCAUACAAGCCAGGGCAUCGAGCAUAA